CUUUCCGUACUUUAGGUUCCGAAUGAUGCUAGAUUGAAACGAUAUUUUAAAGAAGUUAUUCGUGCACGGCAUAAUAUGAAUGAACAUUUUUAACAAUUUGCAAUUUAACAAUUAGGGCUAAUUAAUUCCACUGAUAUUGAACUGUGAAGACGCUAUAAUGGAUGAUGACGAUAGGCACCUCUGUAUUGUUUGUAACCAGACCAUUUCCGGAUUACUUAAUUAUGUACUCCAUAGAAAAAGUAACUGCUCCGACCAGAAAAUCUCUGGGAACAAGGAUUAUUCCCCCGAGGAGGCAGUUAAAGUAGAAGUUAAGCAUAUUGAAGACCAAAGACAUAACAUCUUUCAAAACAAAGCUAAUGAGUCUUUGUUGAAUGAACAACAAACUGAAAAUCAGACAAUAAUUCUUCAGGAUAACUCAUUUGAUCAGUUACAGUCUGGGCAUUCCAGUGUGUUGAUAGAAAAUAAUGGGAGAACUGGAUUAGUUCAAGGAAGACAGAAGGAAACAAUAAGACAAGGAGAAACCAGUCUGCUUGGUUCUGGUUAUGAUUACAAUGUUAAUGUUGUGCCUAACUCUAACAAAGAUGGCUAUGUCUAUACUGUAGAUAGUACAAAUGAAGAUUACAGUGAUGGUGAUGAUGAAAAGUUAAGUUAUGCAGACACUUACAGUGCCCAGUGUAAUGACAAUACACAGUCUAAUAAAAUUAUUGAUGAUCGGUCAAUUGAACAACCUUGUGCUGAAAAUAACAAAGAAACAGCUUUACUUUAUUCAGUAGAACCUGGAGUUAAAGAAAGUGGAUCUGACAGUAAAGAAUGGAAAAUUAAAGCUGAUUUGAAUGGACCAGAUGAUUCUCCUGUCGUAUCUGAAUUUGGAAUUCUAAGUUUUAAUGUGAACGGCUCAUCCAAGAAAAUUUUGGGCCUUGAUAUCAAAGAAGGCAUAACAGAUCCAAAUUUUGGGGACAAAAUAAAAGAAGAAACUAACGGCAAUAAUAAAAGAAAAACAGGAAGUAAAAGAAAUGGUGAAAAGGCUCCCAAACGGAGAAGAAAAUCUAAAAAAAUUGAUGCAGUCCAGACAUGCAUUGGAGAUAAGCAAACAAGGUCUAAAAAAGUCAAAGGAAAUACAACAGAAGGAACCAAAACUAUUGAGGUUAAUAUGUUUGUUGAUUCAAAUGAGGCUGUAGGAAAUGAUUCAUGCCCUAGUGUUAAAGAUACAGAGCUUGAUGGUGAAGAAGUACAUGUAGACUUUAAUUCAUUGAGAGAUAAUGGAACUCCUGAUAAAGAUACAAUUGGAGGGAAUGUCUUUUCAAGGCAUGUUGAACCUGAUGAGGGUAGCUUCAGCGUUAAUGUUCAGAUUGAAAAGAAAGGGUUAGAUGAUGUUACUAAGUUUGGAAGAGAUGGACUUGCAGUUAAUGGAUCCCAUCUUUGUACAGUAUGUUAUCAAUUGUUUCCAAGCAAACAAAAGUUACUGAACCAUCUGCUGACAGAAUGUCAACAGUCGGGGGCUGGUGAUCUGAACGAUGAACAGUUUAGUUUAACGGAGACAAACCAGAAGGCCAUCAUAAGCAAAAGUGCAUUCCGCUGUGAUAUGUGUAUGUUUUAUUUUAACAGCAGUGUUUAUCUUGAACAACAUCUAAAAAGCAAAACUCAUAGAGAAAAUCUGGCAACUGCUGAUGGAUACGCCAUGUGCUCUGUGUGUAAAUUUAUUGCUAAAAGCAAUUUGCAAAUGAUCAAUCAUUUUCAUGGUCCCAGCCAUAUGGAGAAAGCCAAACAGAACAAUCAGAAUUGUGUGAUUCAAGUUUGUAAAAUGCAGAAUAAAAAAAUAAAAGUUUGCAAAAUAUGCCCAUCAGAGUUAAGUAAAACCUCUUCAUCCAAGCAACACUUUAAAACUGCUGAACAUAUUAGACGAGAAUUAGCAUUGAACACUGAGAGCGAAUCACUACAAAAGGUUGAAGAAGAAGACUGUGAUGAAAAUAUUAAAGCAGAAUUUACUAAUGAUGAUGACCAGGUCAAGAGGAACGAAUAUUUUGAGCUAGAAACUAACAACCAUCAUAAAAACAUUCAAAAUGGGCAAAGUGUAGAUUUUGAUAUUGAUGUGAUCAAGAAAAAUGGAGAACUUGCUGUGAAUAAUAAUUCAACAAAUUUGUUGGAUGAUGAUAAUAAUGAAAUGGUAAAGACGAGUACAGAUAUGCCUGCAAAUCAGAAAAAAGUUAGACUAUCUGUGUGUAAAUUUUGUGCAUUUGAGACUAGAAACUACAAUGAGAUGAGAAUGCAUUAUAUGAAAGAACAUUCCAAAAUGGUAAAAAUUUGUGAAGUAUGUGACAUAGUGUUUCCACAUGGAAGAGGUUACAAAUUACAUAUUAACAGCAAGGAUCAUCAGGAAAAUCUUGAAAAGUUUGGUGACAAGAACUUGUAUCAGUGUCACGUCUGUCAGAAAAAAUUUGCAGAAGAAUCGUACGCAAAAUUUCAUACGGCAUACUAUCAUUACCACCUGAACUCGGAGGAGGGCUUGUUGAGACAGGGUGUGGAAAGUGUAACAAGGACAAAAUAUGCAGACUUUCUUGAAAGCAUAAAGGGAAAGGGAAAAAAUUGCCAGGUUUCUUGUCCUGAAUGUGGUGUUUCUUUGAGGCAAGUUAACAUGAUUGGUCAUUUACGUUUACAUACAGGCGAAAAACCUUUCAAAUGCAAUCUUUGUUCCGAGAUAUUUUAUAAUACCUUUACUUUAAGGAGGCAUCUAGUCUUGCAUUUUGAGUGUUGGGAAAAAUCAUGUGAGGUUUGCGGAGAAAGUUUCAAAUGUCCAGGAACAUAUAACUGUCAUAUGAACAUUCACAAGGCAAAGGUCACAGGGUCUGGAAAAACAAAUGUAUGUCAUAUAUGUGGAGAUGCUUUCUACGUUAAAAGGCAACUUCAAGAACAUAUGGUGAGCCAUGUUGAAAAAAGUUUACAGUGUGAUUUUCAAGGUUGUUUAUGGACUUUCUCAACAAGUAAUGCUUUAAAACGACACAAGUUAACACAUACAAAUGAAAAUCCGUUUAUCUGUCCAACUUGUGGAUAUUCAACAAAGUCAGACAAAUAUUUAAAGAAACAUGAACAGAUACAUACGAAAGAGAAACAGUUUGUUUGUGAACACUGUCCGUACAAGGCCAUGACAAGGACUCAUUUGAGGCGCCAUAUGAGAAUCCAUCUAGGUGUAAAACCUUUUAAAUGCCCGUAUUGUUCGUAUGCUUGUAAUACACAUGAUAAUAUCCGUAAACAUAUACUUGAGACCAGUUUUCACAAAGGGUUAAAAGUGUAUCCAUGUAUACUAUGUUCAUAUUCAACAAACUGUACGAAAGAUUACCGGACACAUAUCCUUUUGAACCACAAAGAAAUCCCGGAGGAAAAUUUACGAGGCAGCUCAUUGGCUGCUUUGUCUGGACUCUUCAACAAGGAGGAAGAAACAAAAGCAAUUACUGACUGCACGGAAAUAUUCCCAUGUAAAGAGAGAAAACCAUCGAAAAAGAAACCUUUGAAUGUGGAUAAUAAAGAAACUCUACAACAGGAAGUUGUUAUUGACCAAGAGAUUAUUUUUGAAGAAGUGGAAAAUUUGUAAAGAUUACAUUUCCAACUUAAGUAAUAGAAGCUAAUGUAUUUAUUCAAGAGUUGUGAAAAUUAGCUUUGAUAAUGUUGUGUAAUAUCUUUACAGGGUUUUAAUUGUUAACAGAUUGGCAAUCCAUAUCUGAUAUCAUUGGAUAAAUGCUGUCAGCUGUAUUUUCAGCCUGUAUGUUAAAAUAUCACCCUUGACCCUUGGCCAAUUAGGCUGUUUUCAUUGGCGCAUGUUUCAUCUCAGAUAAAAAGUGAAAACCCUGCAUUUAUUAUCAAAAUUCAUUGUAUUGUGUACUUCAACCUUACACCUGCUGAAGUUGCAUAAUGGAUUUGUCUAGCCUUGAAUUUGGAACAAUCCAUUUGAAAUUUAAGGGAUUUUGAUACCAAAAUACAAAAAUUAAGCUUUCAGCAGUUAGACUGCACAGAUGUUUUCACAGAUAUAUAAAUGCAAGCUGGUCUUGCUCUAUACUGAUGACAGAGGCUAAUCAUUUCAGUUUCAGUAAGCUAAGGGUUAUGAUAUAUUUAAAGCUGCAUGCCUCCAGAUGAGCCAAAAUAUUUCAAGAAAAUCAAACUUGAGAAAAAUGUACUAGAGGUUUUAAGAAAAGUAAAAAGCUCAAGAUUCUACAAAUGAUUUCCACUUUAUUAUAUUUACAUUGUAUUACCAUAUUUCUACUGCGUUACUAACGCUGUUACGGGUAAUUUUGCAUAUUUUGACCUCUCUUUGGUAAUUAAGUGAAUUAUAAUGGUAUUUGCAAUGUGCAAAAUACUUUCUUUGUUCACUUCACAAUAUUUUACUUUUAAAUACUUUUUCAAUAUUUCCAUAAAAAUUAUUAUGAAUUUGGAGGCAUGCUGCUUUAAUAUUGGGGUAAUGAAGAAUACUGAAAUCUCAUAUACUGUAUACUCUGGACAAAGUAGGGAAAUAUUAUCAUUGAAUACUCAUUAUCACAUUGCCAUGCUGCUUUUAGGACUCGCAUAAAAGGGUAUUGAAUAACCAUGCAUAAAUUUGUGUACAAACAGUGUAGAUACUACAUUUUAUCAUUGCACUAUGAGCAUGUUGAAUGAAAAAUGAUUUAUUUUUACUAUAAACAGUUCUUAUUUUAUUGUAUGAGAUCAAUGUACAAUAUUAUAUAUGUAAAUGAAUUGAACUCAUCAAAUAAAGUAAUAUAAUAACUUUAUUUAUCUGGUUUAAUAAAUUCAGUAUUGAACCUACAAAAGUAGUGAUCCUGCACUCAUUCAAUAUCUUUUAUAUAUCCUUUAUUUAUCAUUUAGUUUGAUGGAUUUCCGGGGGGGGUCAUGGUUGUGUAAUAAAAGACUUUUUUUAAACAUAUAUCAUAUUACAUGUAUGUUCUACUGUUAUCUAUUGUAUUGUGAGUGUGGAAAGACUAUAGAUUCCAGCUCUUAUAUAACUGUUUCCAUGGUAACUUCAAAAAUUGUCUAAAUAUGGGGGAAAAUAACUGAUACCAUGCAAACUGAAUAUUUUCAGCUAGAAAAAUAUUAGUAGUUAUAACAGUACAUGUAUAUAAUUACAUUUAUUAAUAUCAUUUUACAUGUUUGAGCAACAACCAAGCAGUGUCUUCAUGUAAAAAGUGUUAUGAUUUCAUUAAAAAGUAAAGAAUUAAAAAUACACAAAAA